CGUGUGGUAAACACGCACGCGACGUUGCGGAUUCAGACACCCCGCCAUCCCCUCAAUACCCGCUUCACUGUGACCAGGACGUCAACCCAUCACAUCAGGACAGCUUAGCUCUUUUUCCUUCAAUUGGAAAUCGAAACGCCAAAAUGAAACCCACGGUAGACUAUUCCCUGUACUUGGUUACCGAUUCCACCGAAGCUAUAUUGGGCAAAAGGAACUUGGUCCAUGUGGUUGAAGAAGCCCUCAAAGGAGGUGUCACCGUGGUCCAAUACCGUGACAAGAAAAGCGACACAGGAGCCCUCAUCAGCACGGCCAAGGCACUUCAUGAAAAAUGUCUUCAACACAAAGUCCCGCUCAUUAUCAACGACCGUGUCGAUGUCGCUUUGGCUGUGGACUGCGAAGGUGUGCACCUGGGCCAAGACGACAUGAGCGUGUUUGAAGCGCGGAAAAUUCUAGGUUCCACCAAAAUCAUCGGAGCUACCGUCUCUACCAUCCAAGAAGCCAAGGUGGCUGUAGAGCACGGAGCUGAUUAUUUGGGCAUAGGAACUGUGUAUGCCACUGACACUAAAAAGAAUACCAAGGAUAUCAUCGGAGUUUAUGGCGUCCGCCAGAUUCUUCAUCAUCUGAGUCACAAUGAAAAAUCCUUUUCCAUCGACACUGUUUGUAUUGGGGGAAUCAACGCAAGCAACAUCCAACGAGUGCACCAACAGACAUGUGCACGCCCUGGAUACUCUAAGCAACUCAGCGGUGUUGCCGUUGUCUCCGCAAUAAUAGCAUCUGCAGAUCCGCAGAGCGCAGCCCAACAUCUUAUCCAUCUUUUCAAGAAUAGCAAUCGUCCAAAAUUUGCUCCCCGAAUCAGCAAGCUUUUUUCGUCUUCAGUAAAAGGGCGUAAGGUGCUUAACGCUAUUAAAGCUGUUCACAAUAGCAAGCCGUUGACACACAACAUGACAAAUCUCGUUGUACAGAAUUUCGCUGCGAACGUGGCUCUUUGUAUGGGAGCCUCCCCUAUCAUGUCCAACAAUGGCAGUGAAGCGCCCGAUCUUGCUACCCUAGAAGGCGGCCUUGUCGUCAACAUGGGAACAUCGACCCCAGACGCUUUGUUGCAAUAUCGCCGCGCUAUAGAGGCUUACAACGCCGUCGGCAAUCCUGUUGUGCUUGAUCCCGUAGGCGCGGGAGCUACGACAGUGAGGAGAGAUGCUCUAAAAUAUUUGCUCAACAGCGGAUACUUCACUGUAAUUAAGGGCAACCAGUCGGAAAUUCUAGCAGUGGCCAAGGCAGCCGGAUUACCAGAUCUAUCUCUAAUCACAGCUUCAGACUCCUCGGAAUCCCAACAACAAAGAGGCGUAGAUUCUCAAGGGUCUCUAUCAUCGAGUCAAGCACUCAAUUUAGUCUCGAAACUCGCUAAAUGGGAACAUACGACGAUAUUAAUGACUGGUAGCACUGACUAUCUCUCUGAUGGCACCAGCACUGUCGCCAUCAAGAAUGGCCAUGCUUAUCUGGGUUCCAUCACAGGGACAGGGUGUACCCUCGGCACGGCAAUCUCUGCUUACCUCGCUGCAUCCAACUCUUCCGCAUCACCCGAAGAACUGAAGGUUGAUAGUUUCACUGCUGUCUUGGCUGCCAUUCUCCAUUUUGAAAUUGCGGCUGAAGAUGCUGCCCAGAAAGCCAGUGUGGAGGGCCCAGGAACUUUUGUCCCUGCGUUUUUGGACUCGUUGUAUAAGAUCCGCAUGGAUGUUGUUGAGGAGCGAUUGGACCAAGGAUGGUUGGAUCAGAGGAAGUUGCUGGAGGAUCUUGAUGUGGAUUCCAAUCAGAUGCAGGAGUAG